GGCUGUGGUAUCUCAGAUAUUCCAUGCUACCAUACAGUUUUGAUUAAACAAGCUGCAGGAUGGUGUGCUUGGGGCAGUGUAUACCCUGAAUGGGCCAUAUUUAGCUUUCCACUGAAUGAGAAUAGAAAGAGACCAUGCACAUUGCUUCAUACUUAUGGUGGACACUGCAUCUGUGGAAGGAAAAAUUAGUUUUACUCAAUAGAAAAUUUUAGUGUUGUGUUGGUUUUGGUUAGAAUAGAGAAAGUUUUCCUCACAGUAGCUACUGUAGGGCUAUGUUUUGGAUCUUCCUUGAAAGCAGGGUUGAUAAUUAAAAGUGAACAAUAAAACAGAGUAAUUUGUUUCUCUCCCCCAUCCUGCUAAUGGGCAGCUUGUUCACUGACUGGGGCUAAACCACCAGAUAAACUGUGUUGUAAAACAAGUUUUUCUGUAAGUCAUGGUGACUUCCAAACUUGAUCUUCUGUCACAGUCUAUUCCCUGAAAACUAAUUUUGCCAGACUUCAGAUGAACCUCAAAUACGUUGGAAUCUGUGUUACCGGUAACUAUACCUCAUCAGAGGAGUCGCAAUAUUCUUUUUUACUCCAGUGACGACCAGUUUCAGCCGACAGGUGACAAACCCCUGUAUUGGGCAAUUUCCUAACUGCAGCACCAUGGCAUGAAUUACCAAAUAUAAUGGGUAUACUGGGAAUGAGACUUCACUGCAGGUUUGAGGCAGACACCCUCAGGCGCUGUCUGCUCGGGGCCACGGAUGGAGGGGCCCAGCAGGGCCGUCAGAGCCAACACUGGCGGCUCAAGCGUGGCCUCCGCUAACGGCGCCCUCGUCCUGUUGCCGCCCGGUGAACCGAGAAGGCGCCUCUUGCGGGGUCACGGAGGUGUCCGAGGGGUUUUAUCCCAGCGGGGCUGGGGAGGUGAGAGCUGGGGCUGGGUCAGCGAUGUCCGACACCCUCACUCCCUGGCAGGGGCGGCUGCGCCCUCACGCUCGCCUCGACGCCGCGCGGGUCCCAGGGCUGAGGGCGGAGCCGGCGAGGGGACGGAGCGCGGCCCUUCAAAGGAGCCCUUCAGUACAGCCUCGGCUUCCGCGACCAGCCAAGCAGCGUCUGGAAAACGUGUCCUAUGGAAGUGGCUGAGGGAGCUGGGUUUGUUUAGUCCCGACGAGGCUCAGGAUGGACCUCAUCACUCUCUACAACUGCCUGAAAGAAGGUGGUAGUGGGCUGGGGGCCGGUGUCCACUGCCGUGCCCGCAGUGAAGGGACCAGAGGAAAAGGCUUAAAGCUGAGACGGGGGCUGUUCGGCUAGUCGGACAAUGGAAUAGGGAGGUGGUGGCGACACUACCCCUGGUGGUGUUUAAGAGGAAGAGGCGUCUGCAUGUGGCUCUGGCUGAUGUGGUUUAGAGGUUUGGGGGUGAUUGUGGUGGUGCUGGGUUGACGGUUCGACUGGACGGUAUUAAAGAUCUCUCCCAACCUCAAUGAUUCCACUAUUCCAUGCUUCUACGAUUCUCUGGCUCCGUGAUACUGCUCUGCGAUUCUGUUCUCACCCCUCGCGGGGCGGGACCCACCGUGGCAGUCACGGGAAGGGAGGGAAGGGCCGCGGGGGCCCCUCCCGUCAGCUGUUGCUGCCCGGGCCCCGAUUGGCGCCGCGCGGCGCCGCCCGGCCCCCGGUAUAAGGCGGCGGCGCGGGCGGGGAAGGAGCUGCCGCGGCCGCGGCGAGGCCGGUGGGGGAACAGCAAGAAGCAAGACUUCCCAGACAAGAUCCAAAACCAGUGUGACCUUCGCCUUUCUAAUAAGGUGACUCAGAAACUGCGUAGAGGACUCCUAGCCAGAACUGCUUGGUGCAGCAUAGCCACUUCCACCUCAUUCUGUACAACUGGGAAGCCAGCUAUGAGUUUAUCACUAUGGAUCUGCUCCAGCUUUGCCAGUCAGCAGCACAUUCUCUUUCCUCAGGCAUCCAUCAAAACAAGGAAGAAAAGCUUAGUUUGCUUCCCUCUGGCUGUCAAAUUCAUGACUAGAAGAAUGGUCCACCAGUGCAUACAGAAGGCAUUUAACACACAAAGCAAGAGCACUCCAGGGACUGUUGUGGAACAGAAGAUUCCAGACUCACCUGGCACCCAUUUGUGUGGCAAAUACAUCCUCACAAGGAUUUUCAUUUGAGGCAAGAAAGACACUGAGCACCAGGAGCCCUGUUCUGGCACAGAACCUCGGGCAUGAAUGCCUGUGGGGCAACACAGCAGAACAGCCUCUGUUCUUGGGCCAUUUCAGAAUAAAAAGAACCAACAAAUGCUGAAUAUAAACAGCAACUCAGCACUUGGAGCCACAGAAUUUCAAGCACAGGAAGGAGGAAAGCCUGAACGCAGAAACAAAAAUAUCUCUUCAACUUCUAAGCAGUAUUUAAAAAUACUUUCUGCUACCCCCUAAAUUUGUCUUUUAUCUUAGUCUUCUUGUGGUGGAAGUGCACCUCUUACUGUAAACCAAAUUUAAGCUUAAUGACAAUAUGCUCAUUAGUUACUUUCUGCAGUCUACCAUGAAAUAACACAAACCAAAAACCAAGCGUAACUUUCUUCAAAUCUCUGUAAGAGGCAAAGAAAUGUUUUAGAAUUUUAGAACAGCAAAACUGAAGCAAUGAAAGGACAACAGAAUUGCUUGUGUUCUGUUUAUUCAGCACCAGGGACAGGCCACAAUUCACUACUCCCAACUCACAGUCCCUGCUUAAAACACAGGAAAACCAAACCCAGUAGUAAUUCCUGUCAGGAACAGCACAGCACCUGCCCAAGGGAACUCCCAGUGUGUGUCCCCUACGCUGUGGCAGCUGCCACUGAACAGCACAGGCCGCGCUCCAUCCUGCAGCAAAACCCAGCACUGCAACAUGCACCACUCACACAGCAUCUGCUCCAGCCCCAGACACUGGAGGGUCCCUCCCAUGUAGUGCCCACAGCACUUAUUUGUCUGUCAGGUUUCCCACACUGCUCUGACAGCUUGGGCUUUAGUAAGAUUAUGGUACUUCUGCACUGUGCACUACAAGAAUGAACAGUUAUAAAGGGAUUUUAAAUGUCUCUGUUGUAAGCAUGUUUUGUCUAACUAAAGUUAUUAUUCCACCAGUAUUGGUACCAAUCUUGGCACCCCUGAACACAAGAGACAAAAUGAAUAAAACACCAUGUACAAGUAG